UGUUGAGUUGAGUGAUGCAGGGACAAUGUAGCCUGCAUCUUUUCAGCGUUUAUAUCCAGCGUUUACAUUUAUGAAAGCAGUCAGGUGACUUCCUCCUUCACCAUUUCUAAACGGAACCAGGUCAAAUAUCGCAAUUAUUUCCAAAAUGCAAACUUCAGUAAAACUUAACACCGGAGCAGAAAUGCCUCUUGUAGGUCUCGGUUCAUGGAAGUCUAAACCUGGUGAGGUGACUGAAGCCGUGAAAGCCGCCAUCGCUGCAGGCUACAGACACAUCGAUGGAGCGUACGUCUACUUAAACGAGAAGGAGGUCGGAGAGGGCAUCAGGACCAUGAUUAAUAAGGGUGUGGUGAAAAGGGAGGAGCUGUUUGUCGUCAGCAAGCUUUGGUGCACCUUCCACCAGAAGUCAGCCGUAAAAGGGGCGUGUCAGCAGACCUUAAGUGACCUGCAGCUGGACUACCUGGAUCUGUAUCUGAUUCACUGGCCAAUGGGCUUAAAGCCUGGACCAGAUGAUUUGGCCCUGGACAGUGAAGGUUUUUCAAUCAGUGAUGACACCAAUUUCCUGGAUACCUGGGAGGGAAUGGAAGAGUUGGUGGACGCAGGACUGGUGAAGGCCAUUGGCAUCUCCAACUUCAACCGAGAGCAGAUUGAAGCUCUUCUAAAUAAACCAGGACUCAAAUAUAAACCUGCCAACCACCAGAUUGAGUGCAACCCUUACCUGACACAGGAGAAACUGAUCCCCUUCUGCCAGUCUAAGGGGAUUAUAGUGACUGCAUAGCCCCUAGGUUCCCCUGAUAGACCCUGGGCUAAACCAGAAGAUCCGUCUUUGUUGGAGGAACCAAAGAUCAAGGCCAUUGCUGAGAAGCACAAGAAGACCACUGCUCAGGUCCUGAUCCGCUUCCAGGUCCAGAGGAACGUCGUGGUGAUCCCGAAGUCUGUUACUCCUUCACGCAUCAAGGAGAACAUACAGGUGUUUGACUUCGAACUGAGCGAUGAUGAAAUGAAGACCAUUUUUAGCUUCAAUAGGAACUACAGGGUUUGUCCCUUUCAGUGUUCUCUAAAAAUGGCAACUUCAGUGAAACUUAACACUGGAGCAGACAUGCCUAUUGUGGGUCUUGGUACUUGGAAGUCUAAGCCCGGUGAAGUGGCUGAAGCCGUGAAAGCUGCAAUUGCUGUAGGUUACAGACACAUCGAUGGAGCGUAUGUCUACCAUAAUGAGGAGGAGGUUGGAGAAGGCAUCAAGACCAUGAUUAAACAGGGUGUGGUGAAAAGGGAGGAGCUGUUUGUUGUCAGCAAGCUUUGGUCCACCUUUCACAAGAAAUCAGCCGUAAAAGGGGCAUGUCUGAAGACUUUAAGUGACCUGGACCUGGACUACCUGGAUCUGUAUCUGGUCCACUUGCCGACCGGCUUUAAGCCUGGACCAGAUGAUUUCCCACUGGACAGUGAAGGUUUUGCCAUCAGCGAUGACACCAGUUUCCUGGAGACUUGGGAGGGAAUGGAAGAGUUGGUCGACGCAGGGCUGGUGAAGGCCAUCGGCAUUUCCAAUUUCAACCAAGCGCAGAUUGAAGCUAUUCUAAAUAAACCAGGCCUGAAAUAUAAACCUGCUAACAACCAGAUUGAGUGCCACCCUUACCUGACGCAGGACAAACUGAUCGCCUUCUGCCAGUCAAAGGGGAUUACAGUGACUGCAUAUAGCCCUCUGGGUUCCCCUGAUAGACCCUGGGCUAAACCAGGAGACCCUUCAUUGCUGAAGGAACCAAAGAUCAAGGACAUUGCUGCGAAGCACAAGAAGACCACUGCUCAGGUCCUGAUCCGCUUCCAUGUCCAGAGAAAUGUUGUUGUGAUUCCAAAGUCUGUCAAUCCAUCACGCAUAAAGGAGAACUUCCAGGUGUUAGACUUUAAACUGAGCGACGAUGAAAUGAAGACCAUUUUAAGCUUUAACAAAAACUACAGGUUUUGUCCCAUGGAGUGGGGGAGUAAGCACAAAGAUUAUUCAUUUCAUGCUGAGUACUGAACCUGAAGGAGCUUAACUCAAAAACAAAAAUACAUGAAACAGCAAGGCCAUGCACACAUUUCUUUUUCUUUUUUAACUACUAUGUCUGUUAAUAGAUAUUAUCACACUGGGGAAAACACAAUUUGAUUGUAAAAUAGGAUACUUGGUAAAACAUGUCCACAAUUUAUAUUAUUUUGUAUCAAAUUAAAACAUUGACCCUGCAAUGACAAUGUUGUUCAUAUUUGCUUUGAUGGGCAAAGCAUUAUAUUUCAAAGUGAAUAUUCUAAACAUCUUAAAAGCACUUAAAUACUGUAUUGUUUUAUUUAUUCCUUAUAAUUGUGGCUCCUUAUUUAUUCAGGCAUUUCUGAUAUGUGCAAAAAGUUCUAAUAAUGGAAAUAAAAUUUCUUGAGCCCCUUUAUUUUAACAAAAUAUUUGUAUAUUAAAAGCAAAUGCACUUGAUAAGAAUUGAGGAAACGGAGAAUUGUAAGUCGUCUUUAAUAAAAGUAAAAUUGGUUUAAUUA